AUGACCAAAAGUACUUUACAUUCUCAACUUUCAGAGGGUCAAUUACAGACUUUGUCUUCAGUAUUGGAUACGUUUAUUUGCAAGUUGGACGACAAGAAUACGGAAAAGAUGGUAGGUCAUUUCCAGCGGAUUGCUCCAUUGACAAUAACAGAAGACCAAGUUCGCACAUUAGCCAAAGUGAGUGCCACCUCACUCUCUCAAUUACAUGACGAUUGGCAUGCAGUGGAUGAAGCUUUGAGAUACAUUGAACUUGGCAUGAACAAGGCCGACCAAGAAAAAUUUCUCAAGAUCUUACAGUGGUUAUCUCAAGGUUCAACGAUGGGAUUGCUUUCUCAAGGAAAACAUUGGACUGGAUUUGCCGAUCUCACACUCAAACAACGUGGUAAAUUGAUUACUGACUGGCAACACUCUCGAUUUGCUAUGCUACGAUCUCUAGCUCGAGGAUUGGCAGCGAUUUCCAUGAGAGUGACUUAUUUUGCUCUUCAAGGCCAACCUCUCCAUCAAAUACUCGGGUUCCCUACCAAAGAUCCUAUUCGUAGUUUGCCUGAUUAUGUUCCUCCUCAAGGUCAUUAUCCUGAACGACUAGUCAUGUUAUCUUAUGCCGAAGCUACUCAACCUGACUUGCAUUAUGAUGUGAUUGUGAUUGGAAGUGGUGCUGGUGGUGGUGUCAUUGCUGCUCAAGUGGCUAGUGCUGGCAAACGUGUUUUGGUGAUUGAAAAAGGCAAGUAUUAUCAUGAAACUGAAUUUGAUUUGUGUGAAUCCAAAGGGUUUGAACAAUUGUAUGAAAAGGGUGGCGUCUUUCCUUCUUCUGAUGGUUCUUUGGGUAUGUUGGCUGGUAGUGUUUUUGGUGGAUCUACUACUGUCAACUGGUCCGCUUCUUUGAAGCCUCAACAUUUUGUACGAGAAGAUUGGGCAAAACAAGGUCUUACUUAUUAUACUUCCCCAAAGUUUGCGGAGGAUCUUGAUCGUGUGUGUGAAAGAAUAGGUGCAGAAACAAGUGGUAUUCGUCACAACAAGCCCAAUCAAAUUUUAAUCAAUGGAUGCAAGAAACUCGGGUAUCACUAUGAUAAUAUUCCUCAAAACACAGGUGGAAAAUUACAUCCAUGUCACUGGUGCUAUACUGGAUGUAAGGAUGGUAUCAAGAAUGGAACAAUGAAUACCUGGCUUCGUGAUGCGGCCCAUCAUGGUGCUCAUUUCUUGGAUCGUACUCGUGUAUUGCGUGUGUUGACCGAACAUGAUCGGGCUAUUGGUGUGGAAUGUCUAAUUCACAAUUCUCAACAGAAAAUUCGUAUUCGUGCUGAUCGUGUCGUUGUGUCUGCUGGAUCAUUACAUUCACCUGGUGUAUUGAAACGUAGUGGUUUGAAGAAUCCCAAUAUUGGUCAUCAUUUACGUGUGCAUCCUGUCUCUUUCUGUUCUGGCAAGAUGGAUUACGCUGUAGACACUUGGAAUAGUUCUAUUAUGACUGCCAUCAGUAAUGUAGCUGAAAACUGUCAAGGUGAUUAUUAUGGUGCCAAACUUGAAGUAGGUGGUGUUCAUCCAGGUCUCUUCUCUAGUUUGAUGCCAUGGCGAGGUGCUAGAGAACAUAAACAAUUGAUGUUGGAAUAUCGUAACUUUGUACCUCUUGUAGUACUUGUGCGUGAUAAGGACUCGGUGGCAUCGGUUAGUUAUGAUGAGCAAGGUGAAGUCAUAGUGGAUUUCAAGAUUUCAAAGCAUGAUGCUAAUUCUGUGAUGGCUGGACUUGUUGCUGGUUACCGGGUACUUGUGGCAGAAGGGGCACGUGAAUUGCAUACUAGUGAUCCUCGUAUGCCUCCCUUUGUCUUUGAAGUUGGUGAAGAGGCUCAUGUCAAUCAUCCUCGAUUUAUUGCCUGGUUAGAUCAAUUACAACGUUUUGGUAUUCCUGAAGGUUUGGCUUCGGCACAUUUGAUGGGUUCCUGUCGUAUGGGUAUUUCUCCAAAGAACUCUGUCGUCAAUCCUUAUGGUGAAACUCAUGAAGUCAAACACUUGUUUGUUGCUGAUGCUUCUGUUUUUCCCACUAGUACUGGUGUCAAUCCAAUGGUGUCUACUGAAGCUGUUAGCUAUGGUAUCGCUAAGCAUGUUAUCCAUUCAUUCAAUAUCUCCAAAUUAUAG